CACAACCCAUAAUUCGUCAACGAUCAUUCUUUUCCCAAGAUGGCGAUUCAAAAGAAGCAUGGAAAAGGUCGUCUCGACAAAUGGUACAAACUUGCCAAACAAAAAGGCUAUCGAGCGCGUGCAGCUUUCAAGCUAAUUCAGCUAAAUAAGAAAUACAACUUCCUCGAAAAGUCCAAAGUUCUUAUAGAUCUCUGCGCAGCACCGGGUUCCUGGUGUCAGGUAGCGGCGGAAUGCAUGCCUGUCAACUCCCUAAUUGUUGGUGUUGAUCUUGCCCCAAUAAAAGCCAUUCCCCGGGUCAUUACCUUCCAGAGUGACAUCACGACGGAUAAGUGUCGGGCUACGCUUCGGGGCCACCUGAAGACCUGGAAGGCUGAUACAGUACUUCACGACGGUGCGCCGAACGUUGGUACAGCUUGGGUUCAAGAUGCAUUUACACAGGCGGAAUUGGUGCUGCAGUCUCUGAAGCUUGCAACUAAGUUCUUGAUUGAAGGGGGGACAUUCGUGACCAAGGUGUUUAGGUCGAGGGAUUUUAAUAAUCUGAUGUGGGUUUUUAAUCAAUUGUUUACCAAGGUUGAGGCUACGAAGCCGCCGUCUUCUAGAAGUGUUUCUGCGGAAAUCUUUGUUGUGUGCAAAGGGUAUAAGGCACCGAAGAGAGUUGAUCCAAAGUUUUUGGACCCGAGGACUGUGUUUGAGGAGUUGCCGGAUCCGACUCCGAAUAAUGAGGCAAAGGUGUUUAAUCCUGAGAUUAGGAAGAGGAAGAGGGACGGAUAUGAGGAGGGUGAUUAUUUGCAGUUCAAGGAAGCGCCUGUUAACAAGUUUAUUGAGGCCACGGACCCGAUUCAGAUGCUUGGUAGCUUGAACAGACUUUCCUUUGAGGAGAGGAAGGGUGGUGAUCUUGCAAUCGCAGCUAUCUCAAAAAUGCCUGAGACCACAAAGGAGAUUAGGUAUUGCUGUGAGGAUCUACGAGUUCUUGGUAAGAAGGAAUUCCGAGCGUUGCUCAGGUGGCGUCUGUCUGUGAGAGAAAAGUUCGGCCUGGCAGUCAAGAAAACAAAUGCAAUGGUAGAAUCUACGGAAAUCGCCGAAAUCGUUCCAAUGGACAAAGAAAUCCAAAUAGAAGAAGAGCUUGAGCGCCUAAAAAUGAAAGAGGCGGGCGAAAAGAGGCGCUCACGGCGAAGAGAGAACGAGAGGAAGCAGAAAGAAAUUGUCCGUCUUCAAUUACACAUGACUACUCCUACAGAUAUCGGCUUGGGGCAAGGCGUGGAAAAUGAAUCUAUGUUUGCUAUCAAGAACAUCGAUAGAGCUGGUGCUUUAGAUAAAAUAACAAAGGGCAAAAUGAGCCUUGUGAUUGAGGAGGAUCGCUGGAGGCUGAGUUGGACGGAAUGUAUGAGCGAUACAAAGAAAAGAAAGCAGAAACCGACGCAAAAUUCAAGGCCAAGAGAUCCCGGCAAGAGCACGAAGAUGGCGAAUGGGAAGGCAUCAAGUCAGAUGCCGAAUCAUCUGACGACGGAGUUGCCAUUGAUGACUCCGAGAGCAGCGAAGACGGUGACGACGAGGACAAAGAAUUUGGGCCCAAAAAGCUUACCACACACCUUGAUAGCCGCGAUAUUAGGGGCGAGGAUGGGCUGA